CCCUCCUUAUCACCUUUGGCUACCAGCAAACUCUCUCUUAAACCCCUCUUAUCCAAAAAAAAAUGUUUCUCCUCUCUCUCCAAACUCCACUUCCUUUCAAACCCCGCCACUCCCUCCCCUCUAAAAACGGCGUCGUUUAUGCCUCUACCUCAGCAACUGCGCCGAAAAAAUCCAGGCGAAAGAAACCACCAAAACAAAAAAACGACAAUGGCUCGCCGCUCUCCGUCGUCGUUUCCGCAGAGGAGAAAAACCUCCGGUUCGCAUUCAUGGAAGAGCUCAUGCACCGCGCGAGAAAUCGCGACUCGAACGGCGUGUCGGAUGUCAUUUAUGAUAUGAUCGCUGCUGGUCUCUCCCCUGGACCCCGCUCCUUUCACGGUCUCAUUGUUGCUCAUACUCUCAAUGGUGAUCAUGAAGGCGCGAUGCAAUCGUUACGAAGAGAAUUGAGCGCAGGACAUCGGCCGCUGCACGAAACAUGUAUAGCGUUAAUCCGGUUGUUUGGAUCAAAAGGAUUUGGUACUAGAGGGUUAGAAUUACUAGCGGCAAUGGAGAAAUUAAAUUAUGAUAUUCGGCGCGCUUGGAUACUUCUUGUUGAGGAGCUUGUGAAGGGAAGAUUUAUGGAGGACGCCAAUAGAGUGUUUUUGAAGGGAGCAAAUGGCGGAUUGAGAGCUACGGAUGAGCUUUAUGAUUUGAUGAUUGAGGAGGAUUGUAAAGUUGGGGAUCAUUCUAAUGCUUUGGAUAUUGCUUAUGCGAUGGAGGAAGCGGGGAGGAUGGCAACGACUUUUCAUUUUAAUUGUCUUCUUAGUGUGCAGGCUACUUGUGGAAUACCUGAAAUAUCUUUUGCAACAUUUGAGAACAUGGAGUACGGAGAAGACUAUAUGAAACCCGAUACUGAGUCGUAUAAUUGGGUGAUUCAAGCAUAUACCAGGGCUGAAUCCUAUGACAGGGUGCAAGAUGUUGCUGAAUUGCUUGGCAUGAUGGUUGAAGACCACAAGCGUAUACAACCUAAUGUGAAAACUUAUGCGCUGUUAGUGGAGUGCUUUUCCAAGUACUGUGUAGUGCGUGAAGCUAUUCGGCAUUUUCGUGCACUUAGAAAGUUUGAAGGAGGAACAAAAGCUUUGCAUAAUGAAGGGAAGUUUGGGGACCCACUUUCUUUGUAUCUUCGAGCUUUAUGUCGAGAAGGUAGGAUUGUUGACUUGCUGGAAGCUUUAGAAGCCAUGGCCGAAGAUAACCAACCUAUUCCACCAAGGGCCAUGAUAUUGAGCAGAAAAUAUCGGACAUUAGUUAGCUCAUGGAUCGAACCUUUGCAAGAAGAAGCUGAACUUGGAUACGAGAUUGAUUACGUUGCUAGAUACGUUGCUGAGGGCGGGCUUACUGGUGAGCGCAAGCGUUGGGUGCCUCGAAGAGGUAAAACUCCUCUAGAUCCCGACUGUGAUGGAUUUAUAUACUCAAACCCUAUGGAAACCUCCCUUAAGCAAAGGUGUCUUGAGGAUUGGAAGGCUCACCAUCGAAAGCUUUUGAAGAUGUUACGAAAUGAAGGACUUGCAGCUCUGGGGGAUGCAUCUGAAUCUGAUUACCUUAGAGCAGAGGAGAGAUUGAGGAAAAUAAUCAGAGGUCCAGACCGUAAUGUUCUUAAGCCUAAGGCUGCUAGCAAGAUGAUAGUGUCUGAGUUAAAGGAUGAACUAGAAGCACAAGGUCUGCCAAUUGAUGGAACUAGAAAUGUUCUUUAUCAGCGUGUGCAAAAGGCAAGGAGAAUAAACCGUUCUCGUGGCCGGCCUCUCUGGGUCCCACCUGUGGAGGAGGAGGAGGAAGAGGUUGAUGAAGAGGUAGAUGAACUAAUUUCACGAAUCCAGUUGCAUGAAGGAGAUACAGAAUUCUGGAAGCGCAGAUUUCUUGGAGAGGGCUUCAAUGGCAAUCAUGUUAAGCCAGUGGACAUGGAGACAUCUGAACUUCCAGAUGAGUUGGACGAGGAUGAAGAUGAUGAUGAUGAUGAUGUAGAAGAUGUUGCAAAAGAGGUUGAAGACGAGGAGGCUGAUGAAGAGGGGGAAGUUGAAGUAGAAGUAGAACAAACCGAGAGCCAAGAUGCAGAAAGGAUUGUGAAGGCCAAGGAAGCUGAGGCUAAGAAGCCCCUUCAAAUGAUUGGAGUGCAACUGUUGAAAGACUCUGAUCAAACAACUAGAAUGUCAAAAAAAUCAAGAAGAAGAGCUGCUCGACUAGCUGUGGCGGAUGACGACGACGACGACUGGUUUCCUGAAGAUAUACUUGAGGCUUUCAAGGAGAUGAGAAACAGAAAAGUUUUUGAUGUGGAAGACAUGUAUUUAAUAGCUGAUGCUUGGGGUUGGACAUGGGAGAGAGAAAUAAAGAAGAGGCCUCUCCAGAGGUGGUCACAAGAAUGGGAGGUCGAGUUGGCAAUUCAAUUAAUGCUGAAGGUCAUAGAAUUGGGUGGAACACCCACUAUUGGAGAUUGUGCCAUGAUAUUGCGGGCGGCUAUUAGGGCUCCAAUGCCUUCAGCUUUUUUGAAGAUCUUGCAGACAACACACAGCCUAGGCUAUCAAUUCGGGAGUUCUCUAUACGAUGAAAUAAUCUCCUUGUGUGUUGACCUUGGGGAACUGGAUGCAGCGAUCGCAAUAGUUGCAGAUUUGGAGACUGCUGGAAUUGCAGUCCCAGACCAGACCCUCGACCGAGUCAUUUCUGCUAAACAAGCGCCUGAGAGUGCUGCGGAGGAGACAUUAUCGUAGCUGCAACCUUUUACUCCCUUCUUUUUUUGCUGUAUAGUCUGCUUGCCAAAUUAAAUGCAGCACAUCAUUUUUUGGUGCUGCGAGAUUUAUGGCGUUGAUUUUGACAGCGGAGCACAAAAGUGUAAAAUUAACACAUAAACUAGGAGUAUAAAUUAUUAUUGCAUUGAAGGCAAAUAACACUAGAAAAUCUUUUUGUUCA